AUGACCGAAAUCCCCGAUUUCUGUGAUGACAUUAUCGUCGUCUUCGCCGCUGUCUUGAACGAGGACAUCAAAAUUAACCAGUUGAACACACUGCUCGAAGCAGCGCAGCCGACUAGCUGGGCACCUAACAUUGCAAUGCUCAUGGCUGUCAUGGAGGACCGCCCGGUCGAGGCUCUUCGUAUUGGUGGGGAUCAUGAGUUUGAUGGAGUGCAGAAUGUGAUUGCCGGGAUUCUGUUGGAGUGUGCUAUGGAGAUGAUCAAGGGAGAGGAGGAUAAGGAGAACCGCUAG